AUGGCAUACAAGAUCUUGCGCAGGAAAUGGUUGCUCCGGCCGUGGAUGUGGACGCUGAUGCCGCUAGAGCUCGCCGGCCUCGUCCCGCUGCUCGUCCUCUUCGGCAUCGCCCAGCCGGACUUAUACCGCACCAAGCUUUGGGAGGUCGGAUAUCACAACCAUUUUAAUUCUAACCCCAAGAUGAUCCUGUACGCCUACGCCAAUUACGAGCCGUAUCCUGAUGUUCCCUUCGUAUGGACACGAACACUCACCGACUUCAACGUUGCCAUCUCCGUCAUUACCCUAUUCAUCCUACUCGUCAAGCUCGUCGCCUUCAUCAUGAAGUUCUGGUUCCCGCUGCUCGCCGCGGGUCUCAACCUUGCCAUGGUCGCCCUCUACACUGUCUCCGUCUACGGCCAGAUGGGACCUGACCACGCCGACCCGCGGUAUCCAUCCAGCAUCGCCUGGUACGUCGCGAAGUCGUGCGACUACGCCCGACCAUUCCGGGCGUACAAGUCGUGCCAGCUCGCCAAGGGCACCUUCGCCGUCACGGUGUACAUGCUUGCGCUGUACCUUGCCAACUUGGGCAUCGCGCUCUACGUGUGCUGGCCGAACGAAGGGGACAAGGUGGACGGCGAGGACGAGGACGCGAGCGACAGCGGCGGGAGCGGGAUCUCGCCGGUCAGCUAUGCCAAGGAGGGCAGGGAGUGGGAGAUGAGGGACAUGAAAGGGCCUGCGAGUCCGAGGGUCAUGCCAUAUACGCCGCGGACGCAGGCAUUUCACACACUCGAUAGGAAGUUGCCGCUGAGACAGCAGUACGGUUGA